AUGAUAGUUGACGGCGAAAAGUACGCUUGCGAGGCAUGUGUGCGCGGGCACCGUGUCAGCAACUGCCAGCACUCGGAUCGCCCUCUUCAGCACAUCAACAAAAAGGGCCGCCCCGUCUCCCAAUGCGCCCACUGCCGCUCCAUGCGCAAGUCGCGCGCUGCCCACAUCAAGUGUGACUGUGGUGAGAAGACGAGCAAGUGCACUCAUCUGCAGCCUACCGUCGAAGGACACACUGAGACGUGCUGCUGCAACCACGGCGGUCGCUGCACCUGUGCCCUCAAGAAGGAGCCCAGUCUCGACACGGUCCCCGAAUCCGACUCGGAACAGGAAUCAACCGACAUGCACGCUAUUGCGCUCGCCGCCGCUCGUCCCAAGCCGCCCUUCCGGCCUAGACGUCGUGCCAAUACCAUCCACGCCGAUGGCGGCCUCUCCUUUGACGAGAACGGACACCACAAGCCCAUGGCCAAGCACAACCGUGCUGCUCAAAAGUGCAACCCUUACCAGCUCAACCGCGUCAACUCGACCAACAGUGCCAGUAGCCUCGGAGCUGGUGUCGAGGGCCUAAGCUUCACUCACAACCCCAAUACCCCCAAGGGCGUCGUCGGCCGCGAACGCCGCGUCAAGUCAGAAACAGCAUCUCCCCUGAUGUCUGCUUCUAGUUUCCAAUUCGGACCGGCCAACCUGCCUCCUCUGGAUCUCUCUAGGAUCGACAAUGCCGCGUACGUCAACAACAGCUCCUUUGACCUCUUUGGCUCUGGCUUUGACCAGGAUGGCCCCAUGUACAGUGCCGGCCUCUCGGCUGCCUCUGUCGAUUGGAGCCAUUACGAGUUUACCGACGGUCGUGCCGAGAACUUUGCUCCUUCCAGCUACAGCCAGACUGGUAGCCGUAGCUUCAACGGACUUUUCGAGUUUGGAACCGGCUCUGAGCAGCUUCCCAACCUCGCCAACACCACGUCCACGUCGGGCGACGUUUCCGAGGUGGAAGACUGUAUGCCAGGCGGCGACGACAUGGACAGUUUCGGUGGCAACGGCUUUCUGCGGCACAAUGUCAUGACGGCCGGUGCUGCUGAUCUGACCAGCAUCGACUACGACAGCUUCUACAAGAACGCCGAAACAGCUGCCAUGGCUGGCUCUGGCGUGUCUCUCGUUGAGGAGGACCCCGCAUUCUGGAUGCCCAACUACAAUGACGGCAUCGCCACUGUGGACGAUAGUCCAGACCCGCUGGGCGCCGCGACGGCAAACAACUUUUGGCAAAUGUAG